CUUCAUCGUGUUGAUUUGUAAUUUAGUUGAAAAAUGUAUGUGGUGGAGAGCGAGGGAGGAGCAAUAGUGUGCAUGUUGUUUUCCUUAUUGUUCUUGGGAACAUGGCCUGCUAUUAUGAAUCUAUUGGAAAGGAGAGGUCGUCUUCCUCAGCAUACAUAUCUUGAUUACACUAUUGCCAAUCUAUUGGCUGCUGUUAUCAUUGCUUUCACAUUUGGUCAAAUAGGCACUGAUGACCCAAACUUCUUGUCUCAGCUUACUCAGGAUAACUUGCCUUCUGUUCUAUUUGCAAUGGCUGGUGGGGUUGUCCUCAGCAUUGGAAACUUAUCCUCUCAAUAUGUUUGGGCUUUUGUUGGUUUAUCAGUUGCUGGAGUUAUCACAUCAAGCAUAAUUGUUGUUAUAGGAACAACAUUGAAUUACUUUUUGGAUGACAAAAUCAAUAAAGCUGAGAUUCUUUUUCCAGGAGUUGGUUGCUUUUUUGUUGCAGUUUGUCUUGGCUUUAUUGUUCAUUCAUCAAAUAUUGCUGAUAAUCAAGCUAAGCUCAAAGAGUUUGCAAGUGAUUACAAUGUAGCUCCGGGAACUAGUUUAUCCACUUUGAAAGAAGCAAGUGAAGAAACAAUUGAUUCAAAGGAUCUAGAAAAUGGAAGUGAUCUUAGUCCUACAUACAACGUUAAAGCAGGAACUGCAGUUUUUCUCAUAGAACUUGAGAAAAGAAGAUCCAUUAAGGUGUUUGGAAAGAGUACUUUCAUUGGGUUGGCUUUAACUUUCUUUGGAGGAAUUUCCUUCUCCCUAUUCUCACCAGCAUUCAAUUUGGCAACAAAUGAUCAAUGGCACACUUUAAACAAAGGGGUUCCUCAUUUGAGUGUUUAUACUGCCUUCUUUUAUUUCUCAGUCUCUUGUUUUGUUGUUGCCAUCAUUCUAAACAUUACUUUCCUUUACCACCCUUUCUUGAACUUACCUAAGUCAUCAUUUAAGGCUUAUUUAGGAGAUUGGAAUGGUAGAGGUUGGGCCUUGUUGACUGGUCUCCUUUGUGGAUUUGGGAAUGGACUUCAAUUUAUGGCAGGUCAAGCUGCAGGAUAUGCAGCUGCUGAUGCUGUUCAAGCACUUCCACUUGUGGGAACUUUUUGGGGAGUUGUUUUGUUUGGGGAGUAUAGGAAAUCAUCAAAGAGAACAUAUACACUGCUUGGGAGUAUGUUGACUAUGUUCAUUGCAGCAGUUGUUGUGCUAAUGGCAUCAUCUGGCCACCGAAAAUGAUCAAUGCAUCUGAAAGGAAAAUGUUCAUAAACUUGAAAGAUUUUGUAAACACUUGUUUGGUGUUGCUCAAAGAAAAAACUGAUAGUUUGUAA